CAUACAAUAAAAGCCGGAGCCCUCCACGCAGUCCGCAUCUCCGCUGGAGCCCUCCGACCAGACUGCAUCUCAACUACAGCACCUCUCUCUUCUGCCAAGAUGAGCAAGAAAUGCCCUGAUGCUCAGACCGAGCUGGAAAAGGCCAUUGAGACGAUCAUUAACAUUUUCCAUCAAUACUCAGUGCGCGUGGGGCACUUUGACACCCUGACCAAGAUGGAGAUGAAACUACUGAUUGAAAAGCAGCUUCCAAACUACAUGAAGAACCAGACCAAGCCCGGCGAAAUUGAUGCACUGUUCAAGGAUCUGGACAAGAAUAAGGAUAAGCAGCUGAGCUUUGGGGAGUUCAUGGUCCUGAUCACCAGGGUGACCAUCGCGACCCAUGAGCACCUGCACCACUGUGGAGAGGAAGAGGGCCAACAUCAUCAUCAGGAUGAGCAUCAUCAUCACUAAAGCAGAGGGGAUCAUGAGCUGGGGCCCAAACCCAUGGGGGAUUCCCCUUCAUGGGCUCUGAUGUUCAAUUUGGCCUCUAAAUAAUAAAGAUUUGCUCCAAAUA